UUUCAAAUGGCAUUCUAUUUCUGGUUAUGUCUUUUGGCACAUGCCUUUGCUGUUCUGGGGGCAGUAGCACCUCCAGUGUACCAAGUGCAGGGAAAAGAAAAACAAGAAGGGUGUGAUUUUUUUAUAGGAAAUUGGGUUGUUGAUGACUCCAACUACCCUCUCUAUGAUGCCUCAAGUAAUUGUCCAUUCAUAGGGAAGGGAUUUAAUUGUCUCAUAAAUGGUAGACCUGAUCACGAAUACCUCAGGUAUAGAUGGAAGCCCUCUGGUUGUGACCUUCCAAGGUUUGAUGGUGGGAAAUUCUUGGAGAGAUAUAGAGGGAAGAAGAUAAUGUUUGUAGGGGACUCCAUAAGCAACAAUAUGUGGCAGUCACUUACUUGUAUGCUUCACGUUGCAGUCCCAGAAUCAAAUUACAUCUCAACAACUCUAACAAAGCAUCUUUCUGUGUUCUCAUUUCCGGAAUAUGAAGCUUCAAUAAUGUGGUUGAAAAAUGGGUUCCUAGUGGAUGUAAUUCAUGAUAAAGAAAGAGGCAGAAUUCUAAAACUGGACUCAAUUACAUCUGGGCACAUGUGGAAAGGAGUAGAUGUUUUGAUUUUCAAUACCUACCAUUGGUGGACUCACACAGGAGAGUCUCAAACAUGGGUUUACUUUCAAGUGGGCGAUAAGAUAAUCAAAGACAUGGAUCACAUGGAAGCUUACAAGAUUGGGUUAACCACUUGGUCUAAAUGGAUUGACUCUAACAUUGAUCCCUCAAAGACUACAGUUUUGUUCCAAGGAAUUGCUGCGGUCCAUUCUGAGGGAGAGAGCUGUCUCGGUCAAACUCAACCAGAGCAAGGACCAAUGCCACCUUAUCCUGGUGUGGACAUUGUAAAGAGCGUUUUGAGUAACAUGAGAAAUCCUGUUUAUUUGCUUGACACAACUUUGCUCACACAACUGAGGAUAGAUGGCCACCCUUCUAUAUACACAGGCCGAGGCACUUCUUAUGAGGACUGCAGUCACUGGUGUCUAGCUGGUGUUCCUGAUACUUGGAAUGAAAUCUUGUAUGCUACUUUGCUUGGAAAUUAAUAUUAUCAUCCUUUUUAUCUCUAACUUAUGCUUUUUUCCUCCUUGAGGAAACAUGACUUCCAUGAAUUUGGAUAGUAGAUAUAACACACUGUAGCAGCUGGGGUUAGUCUCA